AUGACUGCUGCUAUGCGAAAUUCGAUGACUGAUUACCUGUUCAAGCUUCUGCUUAUCGGCGAUUCUGGGGUCGGCAAGUCCUGCCUGCUUUUGCGAUUUGCGGACGACACGUACACCGACAGCUACAUAAGUACUAUUGGCGUGGAUUUUAAAAUUCGUACCAUCGAGCUAGAUGGCAAGACGAUCAAGCUUCAGAUUUGGGACACCGCUGGUCAGGAGCGAUUUCGCACCAUCACAUCCAGUUACUAUCGCGGAGCGCAUGGCAUCAUUGUAGUCUACGACAUAACAGAUGAAGAGUCAUUCAACAACGUCAAAUUGUGGCUUCAAGAAAUCGAACGGUACGCUUGUGAAAACGUGAACAAGCUGUUGGUGGGAAACAAAUGUGACAUGACACAGAAGCGAGCCGUAGAACAUGAUACGGCAAAGGAAUAUGCAGAUCAGUUAGGCAUUCCUUUUCUGGAAACGUCGGCGAAGAAUUCGACCAAUGUGGAACAGGCAAUAUCCUCAACGCCCGUGCAGCCUCAGAAAACGGGUUGCUGUUAA